UAAUUAAAUGCACUUAGAUAUCCGUUAUUACUUGAAAUAACAUCAUUCCUGUAAACUAACAAACAUGAGUUAUGACUGUAGAUAUAUAAUGGUAUCUCCAGUUCAUCUCUCACUCACAGAAACCACAAUCCCCUGUAUGUGCUGUACGAGUUUGGAGUCUAAGUGGCCAGCAAUGAGUUAGACUAGUAAUAAUUUGUGCAGUGGGCAGAUACGUGUCUCAUGAUGUUGUUAUUUAUAUACCUUUAAGGUUAGCUUUAACUCCUGACUGAAGCAAAAAAAAAUCUCUUACCAUAUUAUCUGAGGUACAAAGACCUAUGAAGUAAGACAGGCUUAUGUCUAUUGGGUGAGCUUCUGCUUGCUGUGUUAGUUGUUUUCGUUCAUGUAAUGGGAAUGUCUAGUUGCAGGCUCAGUGACAGACUGACAGAAAUACUGUAGUUAUAUGUCAAUCAGUGCAGUCUUGUCCACCAACAACAAUGCCACCUAUAUUGUUUGUGUCGCUGCUGCUUGGAACAUUAUACACCCAAGUACAUUCGAUGUCCCGUGAGGAGAGGCACAAAUUGAGGAACCAAGUGGUUGAGAUGUUUGACCAUGCUUACCAGAAUUAUAUGGACCACGCGUACCCAGCAGAUGAGCUGAUGCCUCUAACUUGCAGAGGAAGGGUACGAGGUCUUGAACCCAGUCGAGGAGAUGUUGAUGAUGCGCUGGGCAAGUUCUCUCUCACCCUGAUAGACACUUUGGAUACACUUGUGCUUUUGAACAAGACAGCAGAGUUUGAGGCUGCAGUGAGAAAAGUCCUAUCAGAUGUGAGGCUGGACAAUGAUAUUGUGGUGUCAGUCUUUGAAACCAACAUUCGAGUCUUGGGAGGUCUGUUGGGAGGGCAUUCAAUGGCUCUGAUGCUGAAGGAGGGGGGUCAACACAUGCUGUGGUACCAGGAUGAACUUUUGCAUAUGGCCAAAGACCUGGGCCUCCGACUGCUGCCUGCCUUCAACACCAGCAGUGGUCUGCCUUACCCCAGGGUUAAUUUGAGAUAUGGUGUGAGGGGUCCUGAGACGAGGACCGGAACAGAAACUGACACCUGUACAGCUUGUGCGGGAACUAUCAUCCUGGAGUUUGCUGCUUUAAGCCGCUUCACCGGGGACCCUGUGUUUGAGGCCCAUGCCCGGAGAGCCCUGGACUUCCUUUGGGAGAAGAGGCAGAGGAACAGCAACCUGGUUGGAACCACCAUCAACAUCCACUCUGGAGAGUGGGUCCGCAGGGACAGCGGAGUGGGGGCAGGAAUCGACUCAUAUUAUGAAUACCUGCUAAAGGCCUACAUCCUCCUGGGAGAUGACCUAUUUCUGCAGCGCUUCAACACUCACUAUGCAUCUAUAAUGAAGUACAUCAGCCAGCCUCCUCUGUUACUAGAUGUUCACAUCCACAAACCACUGCUUCCUGCCCGCACGUGGAUGGACUCUUUACUAGCCUUCUUCCCUGGGCUACAGGUGCUGAAAGGAGAUAUCCGUCCUGCCAUAGAGACCCAUGAGAUGUUGUACCAAGUUACUAAGAAACAUAACUUCCUCCCUGAGGCUUUCACUACUGAUUUCAGGGUACACUGGGCUCAACAUCCCCUGAGGCCUGAGUUUGCAGAGAGCACCUAUUUCCUCUACAAGGCCACAGGAGACUCUUACUACCUGGAGGCAGGUCGUACGGUACUGGACAACCUCAACCGAUUUGCCCGUGUCCCUUGUGGCUUUGCCGCCAUGAAAGACGUACGCACCGGAAGCCACGAGGACCGGAUGGAUUCGUUCUUUCUUGCUGAGAUGUUUAAGUACUUGUUCCUGUUGUUUGCGGACGCCGGGGACCUUCCAUUUGAUGUGGAAGACUACAUCUUCACAACGGAAGCUCAUCUGCUGCCUCUGUCUCUCUCAACGACCCCUUACUCUUCAGCUGCCCUGACAAAUACAACGUCUGAAGAGGAGCUGGAUGAUUCUAACUUUGAUUGGACCUGCCCAAACACCCGCCUCCUGUUCCCAGACCCUGCUUUUCCACGAAACCUGCGAGAGCCAAUCCGUAGUGCCGUGGACAAGAGUUGCCCCCGCCCUGUUCCUUACCGUGAGCCCGGUAUGGGUCGUCCUCCCCUGAGGGCUCAGGAUUUCAUGGCAAACAACCCUGAACAUCUGGAACUGCUCAGGAGGAUGGGAGUCAGCCUCAUCCACCUGAAGGACGGCAGAGUGCAGCUGGUCCAGCAUGCUACACAGGCAGUGAGUGCAGUAGCUGCAGAGGAUGGCAUGCGUUUUAUGCAGGAGAUGAUGGAGCUGUCUAGUCAGCAGCAGAAGGAGCAGCUCCCUCCUCGAGCCAUCCAGAUUGUCUCACACCCCUUCUUUGGCAGAGUGGUACUGACCGCUGGCCCAGCACAGUUUGGCACCGACCUCUCCAAAAGCGCCACAGGGGUGCGAGGCUUUGUUACUGUGGCUGAGCCCUACAGUGGCUGUACUGAGCUGGCCAAUGCAGAGUAUGUCCAGGGCCGCAUUGCACUGCUUCAGAGAGGUCAGUGUAUGUUUGCCGAGAAGGCCCGACACAUCCAGAAGGCUGGCGCCAUUGGAGGCAUCGUCAUCGAUGACAACGAGGGCAGCAGCAGUGACACGGCUCCCCUGUUUCAGAUGGCUGGGGAUGGUCAGAAUACAGAUGACAUCACCCUGCCCCUCCUCUUCCUGUUCCACAAGGAGGGUAACAUCCUUCUGGAGGCACUGAAGGAGUACAAGGAGGUGGAGGUUCUACUGAGUGACAAGGCCAGGGACCGAGCAUCCAUAUUCAAAGGUAAAACUCUCCCUGGCAGCCUGAUGGAGAGCAGUGUGGAUGUACAAGGUGAGGAGGAGGAGGAGGAGGAGGAGGACUGUACAACUGAAGAGACGGCAGCUGCUUCCUCUGCACCAUUUGACCAAUCCCAAAUGAGCACAAUGGAACUGGACAAAUUGGCGCCUGAGGUUAGUCCUUCAGAUGGCAACGAUACUCCUCCAAAUGAUGAAGUUAGCCCCUCUGAGGAAGAGGUCAGUCCUGCAGAGGCAGAGCCUGGUCUGACAGAGCCCACUGUGGAGAAAGACUUUGAGAAGAGGGAGGAGCCUGAGGGCGAUACAGACUCUAGCAACCAAUCAGUGGAUGAGUUGUUGGCUGAUUGGCGGGAGGACUUGGAGGCAUUCCAGCAGAUGGAGAAGGAUGAGCUCUGACAGUGAUUGAACCUCAGUACUUUGCUGUCACCUGUCCCCGAUGACUGUAGGAUCAUCUCAUUUUGGAGCUGACCUAGCGAGAGAAUGAGUCCUCUGAAGUCACUGCCUGUUAUCAAAUGAAUUCAAACUAAAAAAGACACUUGUAUGGGUGCAGAGACAUCUUUUUUGAUGAGGCAUGGUUAAAAAUUGGGGUUGUCCACGAUGGCAUCUCCCCUCCCCUCUGCGGUUGGCAGUCCAGAUAUUCUCUUAGGACACCGAGGGAGUCCUCAUGUGUAGACCUUUCAGAUGUUUGAUACUUUUGAGAUCAGGGUCCUAAACUCCACCUUUCUGACACAAUUUAAAUUUGUCAUAUCCCAGUGACUGACUAUAAUUUGGACCAGGCAACAUAACAAUGUGUCUCACUACUUUUUUUAAACGGGUAUUGUUUAAUUUGAACAUGUUCUCCUCUCUAUGCAUUUGAUUGGCUAUUUUACUUAAAAAUGGGAAGUCAUCUUAAACGUUGGUUGAACAAAAUUUUUUCCUAGUCAAUCAUUUUAUUGGAUGACUGAUUCUACAUAAAUAUGAGUAGUAUGCUAUGCUUAUGCAAAUUUAUGUUUUCAUUUGUUGGGCAUAUUCAUGUGUAAAAUAUGAUGCUACCUUACUGUCUGUGAGCUAAGAACUGUGCUAAUGGGCAGGGGUCGGUGGCAUUGACUUAUCUCCAUGAUGUUAUCAUGGCUUAUGGUGAACUGACUUGGCUCCAAGCCUUUUGUCUUGGGAGAUGUAAGAAAUGAUGUUUUGAUGUAAAUAUGUAAUCGUUGAAACGUUUUGGCUCCGUUGAAUGAACAGAUAUUGUACUGCUUUGCUCAGGUUCUGGUCAUUCUGAUUGAUCAGAUCACUCCAAUACCGGUACCACCAACCUCUGGACCACGUAUAAGGUUGAGCGGACCCACCCUCAACGUGUUGCAACUGGUCACUGUAGACAACAAUACCACCGUAGACCGCAGGGGGGAGCAGUGUCCGAUCUAUAAUAAAGCUGCUGGGCGGAAGGUGAAACUAAACAAAUUAACACGGUGAAAUUUAAUAAAGAUCGACAAGACUGACCCGUUUCCGUCCGUUCAUUUGUUCUGUUCAAAUACAGCAGCUCCACCAUCAGAAGUUACCGCCUUAUGGUUAGAAACUGAAAUGAGCGAUAACAGAAGAGGGACUGAAUUCCGGUGCUUAGUGAAAGCUGAAAGAGUAUUAUUAAAGUAUU